AUGCGCCUCACAACCGCCCUACGCCUAAUACUCCUCGCAGCCACAGCCCACGCCAAAGUGGCGUCCGAAUGGCUGCAGACAAACCACAAGGAAGGCGAUCCCCCGCCCUCCGGGAAAGUCGACAACGACCAGCUGGUGAUUCUCAGCGGCAGCGACAAUGUCAGUCGGGGCUCGGACGCCGUUAAUGAGCCGCAGCCGUCGAGCUGUCCGACUAUUAUGAUUGGGACGGCGGAGCCGGACGGGGAUAUGGAUGAUGGGUGGAAGGAGUUGCCCACGGUCGCUGGGUUUGAUCUGACUCGGCUUGUUGUGGAUGAUGAUGCGAAUGCUACUUUGCCCUACUUCCUUGAAAACACAAAAGACUUCAGCAACAUCAAGCGCGCGGUUAUCACGAUUCCAGGGAAAGCAAGAAAUUCAUGGCAAUCCGCCAACGACAUGCGCAACGCCCUCGUCUGUGCCGCAGGCCGAGAAAGCGUCAACGCAGACAUGGACGCCGUGCUCAUCGCCGCCCCGCAAUGGCUCAGCGACAAGGACGUCGACGCGGGCGCCGGCGCGUCGAGCGAUGUCUGGUUUGAUAAUAGUAGUUACCAGCAGGGCGCGGCGGCGAUUGGGCCGGGGGAUGUGAGCAUCUCCGCUUAUGAAGCGAUGGAUAUGCUCGUCAACACGUUCUGGAACAAGGACGUUUACCCGGCGUUGGAAACGGUUGUUGUUGCUAGUCACUCCCUCGGCGCCCAAAUGACCCAACGAUACGCCAUGCUCCGCACCCCCCAGCCUCAAGACAGCAACCUCUCCUUCGGCAUCAUGAACCCCGGCUCCUACGCCUGGCCCGUCUCCGACCGGCCCGACACCGACGACUCCUGCGAGAAUAGCUACAACUCCUGGCCGUACGGGCUAGACGACAACGACACGGACGCAUUCCCGUCAUACGUCACGGACGCAUUACGCAACCGCUCCGCCAUCCGCGAGCGGUUCUUCUCCAAGACGAUCUUCUAUGGCUAUGGCCUCGAUGACCAUGGCGAUGGGGAUACGCACUGCGAGGCGCAGUGGCAGGGGAGCACGCAUCUUGGGCGGGGGCGGAAUUUCGUGGAUAUGCUGGGGGAUUUGGAGGGGGGGUUUCCGGGGCUUCAGGAGGUGGAGUAUGUUGAGGGGGUGGCGCAUGAGGAGUAUCUGAUGUUUGUGUCGGAGGCUGUGCAGCGCAGGAUCUUCUUGUUUGAUGAGACGGCGGGGGGGACUGGGAACAGCACGAACAGCACUGGUUCCGACGGUGAUGGUGAUGGGGAUGGGGACAGCGAUGGCAGUGAUGAUGGGGAUGACAAUGGCAGUGCGCAUCAAUAUGUACACAUGCCGGGCGUUCUCUUCGGGUCGUUGCUGGUCUCGGUUGUUGCUGGGUUAUAUGCUUAG